AUGGCCGACAGCGGAACCGAGAGCUCACCCACACCCCCACAGCAGGUAGACGAGACCCCCUCGUCUCCCCCUACCUCCCCAUUAGCUCCCACGGCGGCUCCCGACGACGUCACCGUCGAGCCAACCGCCGAGGUCGUCGCUGCCCUAGCGCCGUCCGAGGGUGACCACAGCACGUCGCCAGUGGUCGAGGCCAAGCCGGCCACUCCUCCCAUCGAUUCACCAGCCGAUACAGCUGGUGACAAGGCCCCGACACCGCUGUCCAAACCCUCUUCCCCAGUAGCCCCAUCCCCAUCCCCACCUCCAGCUCCCGCAGCACCUGCGAAGCGUCGCCCCAAACCACCAGCCCGCGGCAUCCUUAAACCGCCGCCUCCGCCUGUCAAGCCGACCUUUGGCAACCGCCUGCGUGACAUUGUCGGUUCGGUCACUGGCGAGCCUCCAGGACCAUCUGGUUCUCAUCCUCAUGCUGGUGCGGCGGCCCAUGCAGCUGUCGGCGCCCUCAACGCCAUCUCUGGGCGCUUGGGUCUCGGUUUCAACCGCUUCGCGCCCAAGGACGAGGCGCCGCAGCCGCCGCCAAAGCCCUUACCACCUGUUCGACGUGCAGUGUCCGUCUCCGAGGAGCAGUUCCCUCCGCCACCUGCAGCCCCCGUGUCGGACCGCGCACGACAGAAGCAACCACUGAAGCGUGCGACCUUUGUCCUGCCCUCAAUCUCUAUUACUUACCCAAUCUCAUCGCUCGCUGAGCCAUGGAGCGCCAAAGUUCUCGAGGACAGGGAAAUGGUCGAGACCCGCCAACGCAUGCUCCUCUCGACUGCCAGUGGUGCAGAGUACUGGACGUCUAUUCGCCUCAUCAAGCUGUACGAGAGCGCAUGUCGCGGGCGGGAAGAGAAGCCACGUCUCGGCAUCGUUCGUGCUCUGCAAGCUCUCCCGCCAGCUCCCAAGCCGCGUCUUGUCCAUCUCGUCCUCCACGAAACCCCUGGCCAGAGCCAGCCGUACCCUCAGCCUUACCCUCUCGACCAUCCCCUGACACGAUAUGCGGCCGAAGCGCUGGCUGACUUGUUGGUGGUGGAGUGGGCACUGGCCGACCUCCGGCUCGAGAGGGGAACGGUAGAGACCGAAGAGGCUCUCAAGCCUAUCCUCCACGCUCUCCUCAUCAGCGGCACUCUGCCUAGCUUGAGUCUUGCUGGCAACCGCAAGAUAAAGGCCGCAGGGUGGCGUUUGGUUGCCGUGUUUCUGAAACGGGCGCGUUCUCUCAAGUUUAUCGACUUGUCAGAGACCAACUGGGACCGUAAAAGUGUCGACUAUCUCGUACAGGCGCUGAACUCGACCCAUGUUCAGGCGCUGCACGGCGAUUCAGGGCCGACUGGCAAGCAACGGUCGAACACACCCGACGAGCAGCAUCGCGCUGCCGAGGAGCGACCUUAUGGCGGCUUCCUCCCACCCGCGCUCCUUCUCAGAGACGACAUGGACAAGAUGCCGGCGGCAGUGGAGACUUUGCGACUGGACAACUGUGGCUUCAGGCCACAGACUCUGGAAACGCUCGCACAGGGCAUCCGGUCAUCAGAACUGAAACAUCUGUCGCUGAGAAACAAUCGCAUUGGAUCUCUCGCAGCCGUUGCUAUCGCCGUCAUGAUCCGUGACUAUCCCGACAACCUCUCAAUGACGUCCUUUAACACGACCGCGGGCUCUGACGUCUCGGCUGCCUAUACCCCUCGUUCGCGUCGUGGCACUCCUGAUCUCCAAUAUCCUCACGAUGACUCCAACCUCCCACCUAUCCCCCUCGUCACCUCGUCCUCGGCUGGUGGUGUCACUUCGCGCGUGCUCCCCGAGGGCUACAAGCCGCCACCUCCGCCCAAGCAUCCGUUGGUAAUGCCCGGCGGUGGCUACAGUGCCAUGCAGGACAGCGCAGGUUUCGCUCUGACAUCCGCCCAAGUAGAAGGCAAGAUGACUGCGUCUGAGCACGGCGGCGCAAGCCUUGCCUUGCAGCGCAACGUCCGUGCCUUGGAUGGCAUUGAGCGUAUCGGCCAUCUGGUCACCCUUGACCUCAAGAGCAACGAGAUUGGCAAGGGUGUCACCUACAUUGCUCAAGUACUCAAGCGUAACCGUACCCUCAAGGUGCUCAACCUUAGUGACAACAAGCUUGAGCCUGCCGGUCUCGUUUCCCUCGCCGAGGCGCUCAAGUACAACCCGACGCUUGAGACGCUCGACAUUAGCUCCAACCAAUGCUGUGGCCCGAGUCUGGAAGGAAUUGCGGCUCUCCGCACCUCCUUUACAGUCAACAGCAGCCUCAAGAGGCUCUUCCUCGUCGACACGGGUCUCACCACUGAGGGUGCUAUCGACCUGGCCGAGUUUAUUCCGGAGAACAGGGCCCUCUUGCACCUUGACGUCACAAACAACCCCGGCGUCGGAACUGCAGGUAUUCUCGCCAUGGCUUCUGGGCUCAAAGCCAACCAGUUCAUCCGCUGCCUGGACGUCUCCGUCCCACCCAACGACCCCAACCUCGCCGAACUGUCGCAAUCGAUCCUCCAAUCAUGUAUCCGCAACACUGAGCUCGCGGCCGCGUCAGUCAAGGAUGGCAAACCCGCUCGUGCGGCUCAAGACGCGAUCUGGCGGCCGAUCAAGAAGUCGGCGCUAGUCCGCCAGGUCAAGGCGGCUGACGAGGCCCGUGCCCAAAAGGAGCGCGAGCAGGUCGUCCACUCCAUCGAGGGCGUCGCUCGCGACUAUGUCUAUCGUCUCAAGCCCGAUGCCGUCGCCCAGGCUGCCGAGGAAACGUCCAAGGGCCUGGAGUCGUGGUAUACGGCCACGCAGGCUGCCCGUGCCCGCCCGACGGCCAUGUGGGAGCACACCCAAAUGCCUAGGGAAGAGUUCCAUCCGCUUAUUGAGCGUGCCAAGGCCCUUACUGAGCGUAUCGCCGAGGACGUGACCACGACGGCCGAUCCCGAAGAGCUGGAGCGCCUGUUAGAGCUCAACGACAUGCUCAUGACGCACAUCCAGCACGGCAAGGGAUUCAUGCCCCCACCUCGCAUCCUCCUCCCAUCGCAAAUCGCGUUUGCAUCGCCUGCCGCCCCACCCGUGGUCACCCAGGCCGCUGCUGGUCUUAACCCUCGUGGCCGUCGUCACAUGCGUAGCCAGAGUCUCGAGAUUUCGUCGCCCAACUUUAGCAUUGGUGAUUCAGACGCUGAGAGCGAUGCCGAGGAGCUGGACGCUACGACGCUUGCUCCCUCGAGCAACCAGCGCAAGGGUUCUGCCAACGAUACGGGCAAGGCUAGCAAGGGCAAGAGCGAGCACGAGGACAUUCCCGAGGAACACGAGCACGACGAGGUCGAUGGCGAGCCAGCUAAAGUACCCGACGCGGCCGAAGCUGCCGCCGAGCAACUUGUGGACCACGAACUUGCGCAAGGUCUCGCCUCCCCUGUCGAGCGUGUGUCACGCGCUUGGGUGUCGGAGGAAGCUGAGAUUUUCCGCAAGGGUACCCGCCUCGGUGUGGCCCAGGACUCGGACUCUGACAGCGAUGGCGACGCAGAUGGAGACACCGUCAGUGUUCGUUCUGGUGCCAGUGGACACAGCCGGAGUAGCAGGAGCAAGGAGGACCUCACCGGGGAGCAGCUCCGGCAGGAGAUUAUGGAGACGGACGUUCCCCGUUCCCCGCCUAGGCAGGUUGUGGAGCUUAGUGACGAGGAGGUGGAUGGAGAGAGGAAUGAGCGCGGGGAGUAG